UACUCGACCCACCAACAGAGCUCUCUAUUUAACGCUCGCAUUUCGUUUUCUAUCUUCUGUUCUUUAACACCUCCCCUUCCUUCCCACUGCUCCUCGGCUUCAUACCUACGCUCUCUCGGGAUCUGAUCUCCAAAUCUAUUUCUCUUUCUCACUCGCUCUGCUCCAAGAAAUGGGUCGUGGUGUGAGCAGUGGUGGAGGGCAGAGCUCAUUGGGAUAUCUGUUUGGGAGUGGUGAGUCUCCCAAACCUGCCAAAGCCAGCAGCCCCCCAACCGCAGCCCCUGUUGAGACGGAGACUGUACACGUUAGGCCAGCUGCUGCCAAGCCUGCUCCCCAGCUGGCAGAUAUCACCAAGCAAAUUCCUGCUGGCAUCAACAGCACCUCCUCAAAUAACUACAUGCGUGCUGAUGGCCAGAACACUGGCAACUUCCUCACUGUAGAUCGACCGUCAACCAAGGUUCAUGCUGCACCAGGCGGCGGGUCCUCUCUGGGUUACCUCUUUGGUAAUGGUGGCGGUGGUAACUGAUAUUUCGUGUUAUCAUCAAUCGAUCGUAAUACAACUAGCGUCUGUUGGUUUGAAUUGGUGAUUGGCGGAAUGUUUGAUGUGUAAGCUUCCAAUGAAGCAAUGUGUUUCAUCUUUUCCAUUAUAUUAUAUAUAUAUAACUAAUAGACCAUGGAUUGUGUCCUGUAAUGUAUAUUCAAAUUCAAAUACUGUUUCAGAAAUGUCCAAUCAAGAAGGCAAUGAAAGGAUCAUCCCUUUUAGUCACAGUAUGAAUCCUCAUCAUCUACUGUGGAUGG